AUGCCUGACCUGUCGCAUACGUUUUCGCAUGCCAAUCCUUUGGUCAAGCCUAACUGCGCUAGCCUUCGUGAGGGGAAGCACGAAGCGGCCACAUAUUGGGCGAUGAUGAGGUCAAACACAAAAUCACUUCAAAAGGUUCACCAAUAA